UUAGUACCGAGCACAACAAAGACACGGCAGUCGCGUGGAGGAGGAGGUCGAUGUUACGCAACCCAACAAACACCACGUCUUCGGUGCCGUUCGCCGACGGGACAGUACAACAUACGAGUCGUCGUAACGCAGACGCCAUCAAACCUGGAUUAAGUUAUUACUCGUUGGUAUCACAGUGAAAUCCUCGAAAUUGUGCCGGUAAAGUCGAACGUUCGCCAUUUCUCUGCUCAGUUGAAACGUUCUCGAUAAGCGUACGACGAUUAGUUAUUGCGAACUGUGAGUAAAUUAUCGAGUAACAAUACGGCGACCCAACGAUGACCGUCGCGUUGACCGCAGCGGCAAGCCGUCGCGGUGGCCAUCGACGUUUUCGAGAGAUCGCUUCUUUCAGCCGAUGACGGCCACUAAUUUAAGGACAAGCAGUAGAUCAGCGGCAUUUGUCAUGACCGAGUCAGUUGUCGUGUUGUUGCUGGUCACUUUGCUGUGCACCUCCACUUCGGCCCAGCGACAAAGGGUAGUUGGAGGUUCAUGGAAUUCUGGGUCUAGUGAAGAUUUUACAGAUGAUUCGUCUUCUUUCUUUUCUCAUUCACCACAGACAUUUGUUACAAACUCGGGACCUUUCCGGCAGCAGUUUUUGUUACAAGACCAACCUGAACAACUGCCAGUGUCAACCGUAUCUUCUCCAUUCAAACAAAGACAGCGUCAAGAAGACCCACAAAGACAACAGAGACUGCAACAAUUCGAGAGAUUUUUCCCCGAAGAGCAACAACAGUUUCAACAGCAGCAACCUAAUACAUUUCUUCGUCCAUCAUCAGUACAACAACCCUCUGUCACUGGAUGGCGAUGGUCGCCAUCAUCAGGUAGUGAGGAACUUGCAGAAAAUCAGUCAGCCGAACAACCUGGAAGGCAACCUUUAGUUGGGUUUACAGCUCUUGUUAGGCAUGACGACCCUUCUUUACCAGCAAUUACCACUCGUCGACCAGUGCAAUCAUGGAGAAAUUCAGCUACUUCAACGCUUCCCACUACAAUUACUGAUUGGAAACCUACAACUUUUAAUCCACCAGUAGCACAUCGAUUUACCACUGCCUCUUCCCAGUCAUUUAGAUCUGGUAAAAUAAACCCGACAGCAACUUCUGUCGAAUCAUUUCCUCAAAAACCAUCUUCGCGUCUUCAACAACCUCCUCGUCAUCUCCCUACAACUCCACCUCCAGUGACUACGUUACGUCCCUCACGUGCACGUAAUGUGCUAAAUCAUGUCUCGUCAACUAACAGACCUUCAUCAACUACCACUUCAACUACCCGAACUGUCCCGGUGUCUGCAGAUGAUGACUACGAGUACAUUUAUGAAGUGGAUGAAGAUUUGGACAAACAAUCUCUUGCUGGUCCAAGCAGUACCACAAUUCGUAAUAUUAUUCCCACCACCAUUCGUCCAACUACCAAAAAAAUUGAACUCCCUAAUAAAUCACAACCACAAACACCUCAGUCAUUGGUUGAUAGAAAAAAAUUAAAUGGUGUACCAUCAUCCACGGAGAGUCCUCGUAAAACGUCUGUAUCAGUACAAGUACAGUCAAGUCGUUCAUCGGUAUCUUUGGCAGUGCCAAAAACUUCACCGGCAACGACAACUAUGAAUACUGCCACUGCAGAGAGUAUUGUGGAUAAAUUGGAUAGAGUACAAUCUGGAUUAGCAGAUGGUAUCCUUUUGAACCAAUUAUAUCCACAACAAAAACAGACUUCCGAAGAAAGCACCAUAGUGGUCUCGACUACAACUUCUUUAAAUUCUACUGCCAUUCCUACUACUAUAACUAAAAUUACCAACUAUACCACAACUACCAUUCCUACUACUACCACUGUGAGUUCUACAACCAGUAGUCCUACCACCACUACUUUACCACCUCCUAAAAGUACCACUCGAAAAGAGAAUGAAGAUGAAGAUGAAGACGAAAAUGAUGAUGAAAGUGAUGAUGACACGCCCAAAUUUGUUCGCAAAUUUGUACCAUCUAAGCAACGAAUGACCACAACAAGUACAACAGCUAAACCUGCUAAAAAGAAGAGUCUUCUCGAUUCUAUCGUGUUCAACGAGGAACCAUUAUCGGCUGGUCUUUUACCUGCUGGAUUUAAUGCACGUCCAGCACCAUCUUAUAGAUCAAAAGCUUCAACUACUUCUACUAGUACUACGCCUUCAUCAACUACUUCUACAAGUACUACGCCUCUAUCAACUACCUCUACAACUAAUGCUGAUGUAACUAAUUCGAAUGAGACUGAAGUGAAAAAACCACUCAAGAUUAAAUUUGUAGAUAUCGCUGAAGCUUUGCCACCAGGCUUAUUACCACCGGAUUAUAAGCCACCUGCUGAUGAGACACCUGAAGAAAAUUUAGAUAAUGGAAACACCACUACGACAUCCACUACACCUUCGACGACUACAACAGUUAUAGAAUCUACAACAAGUGUUGUAAAUAAUGGUUUAGUAUUCCCAGGUGGUGGAACUGGUAAUAGAAAACCAUUACCACCUCCUAAAAAACAUGGUGCGCCAGCUCUAGCAACAGUUGCUAUACAAAAAGGAUGGCCAGUCAGAGCAACUACCGAAUUUGCGGGUUGGCCUUCUCCGCCGACAACAGAAGAAACUAGCACCAACGCAGGAAUUAUUACCUCCACUUCUACCGCAGCAACUACAACGACGACCACUACUACCACAACUACAACUACGACACCGCAACCACAAACAACGACACCUGGUGUUUGUGGUAGAGAGGACGCCACAAACGGAAAGACUGGGUGUGAACUGGUCGGUACAUUAAAACUAAAUUCUGGAGCUCAAUGGUCAUCAGAUUUGUGGGACCAUAACGCGUCUGGUUGGAGACGUUUAGCGCGAGAUAUUGAAUCACAGUUAGAUAAAGUGUACGCAGCAUCGCCUACCUUGAGUCGUUGGUACCGUCGGAAUGGAGUGACUGUCGAUUCUUUUAGCCCUGGUGGCAAUAAUGAAGAUGGCAGCGUAUUGGUGGACUAUUUUGUUAGACUGGAUACGGGUGGUAGAACUGAUGUAAGUACAACUGAAUUAAGACGUAUGUUGAAUGAAGCUUUGGAGACUAGUGAAGAAAAAACCGAUUCUCUGAAACUAGGAACAUAUGUUGUUGAUCCAGCAAGGACAGACUUUAUAGUGUUACCACCGGGUAGCGGUUUUGGAGGUUCUGUAGGCAAUGGAAUCAAUGAAAUUGACGAAGAAGUAGCAGCGUCUUGGCUUCCACAAUGGGCGGCCGCUGUGGCUGUUGUAGGUGCUCUAGCCAUUGGACUAUCUGCAUUAGUAUACGUCGGAGUAACUUUGUUGGUACGUCGUAGAAACCGCCGAAACACAGUCAAAAAACAGGUUGAUGACGAUGGAUGGAGACAUCCCGGUAAUAUGAACAGUGGCUAUGUUGGUACUGGUAAAACAGCUGGAAGAGCUCCAGCACCACUACCAGCUCCUCAACAUCGCCCGCCUCCUUACAACUACGGAUAUGAUGACUUUGACGAUGGUGAUACUGUAACAUUAGAUGCCGAAGAUCUUUUAGACGAUGACGAAACCAACCAACGUGGCUGGGAACCGGUGACGUCACAAAAGAAAUAUCGUGGAGGAGGUUACGGUGGAGGAAAUGGAGGAUACGACAGUUGGAGAUCAGUUGUUGCGCCUCCAAUGACUGUUGCUCCACCACCACCACCUGCAUACGGAUACGAUGCCGGGCCAAACUCUAGAUACUAUCGGUCGGAUCCUUAUCAUCACCACCAAGCUCAAAGGUAUGAUGGUACUAGAAAACCGCCAUACCAAACUGCAGCCGAUUAUGAUACAGACUUUUAGUGGUUAUGAAUAAAAAACCGCUCACACUACCAUUUAGACUUAAUUUAUAAUAAUAUUAAUAUUCGUUUUUAUUAUUCUUAUAUCUAUACGUUUUUACAUCAUAAUUAUUAUUAUUGUCAAUGAUGACUUUCUAAAUUUUUUGUACCUACGAUUUACACGUCGUAGAUAUGUAUACUAUUUUAUACUAUUUUAAUUAUUGUAAAUAAUUAAUACACGAAUUAUGAAAAAAACAAGCCAUGUAAACUUAUUAAGAAAU